AUGAAUUCACUUGGUAUAGCGGGACUGGAUUCUUACAAACAGUCAGAUGUCGACUUUGAAAUCCAUGCCGCCUCACGAACUACCACCUCCGAUGUCCAAACGGAGGUACCAUUAGAACGAUCUCGUACUUUUGGAUUCUGUUUACUCUAUCAGAUUCCUCAAGGAAUUCUUCUUCCAAAACGAAGUCUCACUUUUCCAGAUCAAAGUAUGGGUAAGGUUUAG